GUGAAAAUCGCAUUGUGGUUUGUUGAUGUUUGUGUCAAACUCUCGGUCGUUCGUUGUUACUAAAGAAAAACCUCGAAACCGGAGGAAUAAAGUCGAACUGUGGUGAUUGUAGCAGUUCACUGACACCUCGUAUUAUGCAACUAUACAUGCGGCGAACAAACUGUUCAUAAAAAAUCAAAACGGCCGUUUAUUCUAUUGCGAACUCGCAACAACACAAAUCACCGCAAGCUGGCCAGCGAUGACAAUCCUCCCGAAGAAGAAACCGGUGUCCGCAGGCGGUGGCGGUGAUCACACGGACGAACCGGACAGAAGAGGUGGCUCUGAGACGCACCCUCACCCCCUCGCGGGACGACCGGGGUCCCGAUCAAGGGCCUCUCCGCCGCCGUGGACAUACCAGGCCACACCGCACACUUCCAGAGAGGAGCGGCGGAUCGAAGCAAGCGCUCGCCCGCAGGCGGCCUCCCCGCAACCUGGUAUCGCUGGAGCUCCGCUCGUGCAGUGUGAAGGAAGCGCGAACUCGGGAACUCGGGUCGAGUUACCGUGCGGAGCAGGCGGUGUCGGAAGCUGCUGCUCGGGACCCGGACUCAGCAAGCGCAGACGGCAAGCGGUCUGCUCCAGCGGUUUGACAGGUGGAGGAGGGAGAGUGGGCGGCGGAGGAGGAGGAGGCGGGAGUCCAGCGUCCGAACCCGAGGAAGGAGCUGGAGGAAACAACAGUGAGGAUGAGUAUGAGAAUGCGGCCAGACUUCAGCUUGUGGACCCCGCCACAGCCGAGCAGCAAGAAGAAUGGUUUGAGAAAGCAUUGAGGGAAAAGAAAGGCUUUGAAAUAAAAAAAAUGAAGGAAGAUGGAGCGUGUCUUUUCAGAGCAGUUGCUGAUCAAAUAUACGGGGACCAAGAUAUGCACGAUGUGAUACGGAAGCAAUGUAUGGAUUAUUUGACAAAAAAUGCAGAUUACUUCUCCAGUUACGUCACCGAGGACUUCACCACAUACAUUAACAGGAAGAGGAAGAACAACUGCCAUGGAAACCACAUUGAGAUGCAGGCCAUGGCAGAAAUGUUCAACCGACCGGUGGAGGUUUACCAGUAUGGCAUAGAGCCAAUUAAUAUUUUCCAUGGCAUCCAAGAGAACAAUGAUGAUCCAAUACGUGUCAGUUACCACAAAAACAUCCAUUAUAACUCUGUGGUGAAUCCAUACAAGGCCAGUGUCGGGGUCGGGCUGGGCCUGCCCUCCUUCAAACCAGGGUUUGCUGACCAGUGUCUCAUGAAAAAUGCUAUAAAGACAUCUGAAGAGUCUUGGAUUGAGCAGCAGAUGCUGGAGGAUAAGAAGAGAGCAACAGAUUGGGAGGCCACCAAUGAGGCCAUCGAGGAGCAAGUGGCUCGUGAGUCCUAUCUGCAGUGGCUUCAGGACCAGGAGAAGCAAGCAAGACAGCCUCGUAAAGCUAGUGCAACCUGCAGCUCUGCCACUGCCGCCACAUCCAGUGGUUUGGAGGACUGGGGUUGUCGGUCCCCUCGUCAGCGUAGCUCUGCACCCUCUCCAGAACAUCCAGGCCCGGCUCAUGCUGAACCUUCUGUCAAACCCCCGUCCCCUGCUGGAGCUUCGCUGGUGCUUCCCAAACCCCCUUCACCAUGUGCCCCGGGUCCAAGUCAUCAGUCUUCAGCCAACUCUUCUCUGGUGUCUCUCUACCCAACCCUGGGCUACAGGACUCUUAUGCAGGACAUGUCACCUACUGCCUUUGGUUUAACAGAUUGGGAAGACGACGACGUGCUGGCCUCAGUUUUGGCUGCUUCACAACAAGAAUACCUCGAUAGCUUGAAAAAUGCAAUGCACAGAGAAUCUUCUCCAGACUGCAAUUGAUACAUUGGACAGCACAAACCACAGCUGCGUUUCUCUGUUUUAACAUCAUGCAAUGUUUCUUCCUUUCCUCUGUUUCAAUACCACUCUAUUCUGAUCUUUCUCCAUCGUUUUUUGCUAACCUACUUUCCUUAAUUUCAUUAAACUUCAUGGACCUAGUUAGGUGCAUGUUUAAAUCAACAUUGUAAAAUUAAUAUUGAAAAUAUCAUCUCAGCUGUUUAUUAUAAUAAUCGGGUGUUUUCAUUAUUUGAGAAGAAUAAAUUAUGCUAAUUAGUACAA